AUGAAGAUCGCGAAAGAAGUGGAUGAUCCUUCAGUAAAAUCUUCACGAAAAGCAAAAGCUGCUGCGUGUAUCUUUUACGCAUACAAACACUCUGAAGUGCCAAAAUCGAUGAGCUUGAUAGCGAAACUAACAGAGUGCCCUCAGUCGACUAUUGCAAGAAACAUCAAACACAUAAAAUCGAAGAUUUCGAUCAUACAGCAAGUAGUUCCAAAACAACAAUCAACAAGAGAUGGUCAUGAAUGCGAUCAUCAAUCAUCGAAUCAACCGGUUAGAGAAGUCAACAGUUCAACCUCAAAUGAUAUUCCUUUUGUAUUCUCAAAUACGCAUACGAAUCUCCAAAACAGCGAUUCAAAUCAAACCUAUGCCGCCCCAGAUUCGAUGAAGGAUGCCGUUCGAAUGUCCGAGAAGACUCUUCUUGAGCUAAAUCCCAACACCCAGUAUCACCAUCUUGGUAAGGAUUCUGCUCAUCAUAUCCAGAAGUCUUAG